CAAACAUUUCAAACACAAACUAAAUAACUUCCUACAAGAUCUCAACGGUGGCUAAUUAUGAAUAUAACCGUAUGCUGACUGUGUCAGUGAUUAAUAGUUGGUUGAAAUGGAAAUAACAACUGAUGAUCCAAAUAUAGACCGAGGAAAGGCCUGGAUUAUUUUAGUUUCAUCUUUCUUUGGGAUGUUCGUAUUUGGAGCGUUUAUGCACGGUACUGGAGUAUAUACUGCAGCUAUUUUGGAGCACCUUACCACAGAUAUUUCCAAGGCUUCUUGGGUGGGGUCUACUCAGAUAGCCAUGAUGCAUGUACCGGGUCCUCUUUGUGGAAUCAUUACAAGUCAACUUGGUUGCGGACGAACAACGUUUCUGGCAGGGAUUAUCAUUCUUGUUGGAAUGAUUGGUGCUUACUUGAGCACGAGUGUAACUGGACUUACACUUACAGCCGGUGUCAUUGCUGGUUUCGGAAUUGGGCUGGUGCUAAACACAUCAAAUACCAUAGUGGGCCAUUAUUUCAUUAAAAGAAGAGUCUUGGCGUCAGCCAUUGCUAUGUCGGGUAGUGGAAUGGGACUGCUGGUUACCGGUGUCAUGGUACAGUUACUCACAGACAAAUAUGGUGUACAAGGAGCUUAUCUGAUCCAAGGUGCUUUCGGAUUCAAUGCUUGUGUUUUGGGGUACUUAAUGAAGCCGUCAGCAAUCGAACGCAAUAAAAGCAACAGGGAUAUUACAGCGUGGAAAUCUAUUGUGCAAAUCGUCAUAAAAUAUCGCGAUAUUGUAACAAAUGUCUCUUACAUGAGCUAUUUGAUGAGCUUUGGCUGUUUAUAUGUUGCAGAAAAUAUUGCUGUGGUGCACCUAGCAAAUUACGUUAUCUACAAGGGAUCAACUACUUAUCAAGCCGCCUCUUUAUUCACCGUAAAAGGACUUGGUAGUUUGUCUGGUAGGCUUUUAAUGGGUGUCGUAGCAAGUGACCCAAGAAUUAAACCCGAAAUCUUACACACAAGCAUCAUGGGUGUCCUCGGAUCCAUAUAUACCGUAUUUCCUGUGUACUCCGAUAAGUAUGGACUACAGCUGAUAUUUGCGUUGGCUUGUGGACUGUAUAGUGGUGCCCUGGACAGUCUGAUCACGCCCAUAUCAGUCGAUUACGUCGGAGUUACAAACCUGGCUUAUUGCUAUGGACUCUUGGCUCUUCUUAUUGGAAUUUCAGCUGUUAUCGGACCACCUCUAGCUGCCACUCUGGUCAAAAGUGGCCUUUCAUAUGAUAUUUGUUUCAUACUUGGAGGUGGUGCGUUUUGGUUGGGCUGUUGUCUAGGAUUUGGGAUGAUGUUAACCAAACCAAAGAAUAACAACGUGGAUAUGGAAAGAAGAAGAGAAAAAGAACAAACACAAGAUCUGGAACUGACACUAUCUGUACCAGGAAUGCAUGACAGUGCUAUUGAUGCACUUACCACAGAAGAAACGAAUAAAUGAAAAAUGAAUCUCUAUCGUUCAUAGCAAAA